GGCGUGUCUAAACGAAAGGGUGAGUUACACUAAGAGGAGAGGUUGCCAGAUGAUCAGGUUUGAAUCUGAAAGCACUGAACAUAGAAACGUGGGUCUAAAUAAACAAAACAGAAGUUUACAAUGGCCACUGAGGGAGACCCAGCAGAUUUUGUGAAGGUGCUUCACCUGUUGGUCAUGGCGUUCUCAUGGGGCAUGCAGGUGUGGGUGUCAUUCAUUGCAGGGUAUGUGUUGUUGUCCAAGGUCUCUGUGCACACAUUUGGCUUAGUUCAGAGCAAACUCUUCCCCACCUAUUUCUACUGCCUGCUGGGCAGUAACACAGUCAGCCUGGCCAUAUAUGCUGUGUACCAUCCCAGAGAGCUGCUGAACUGGCACGAGACUAUACAGAUGGCUCUGUUCUUCGUGGCUGUGAUCAUGACAGGGCUGAAUGUGCAGUGGUUCACUCCAGCUGUCAUUGAGCACUUGCAGGUGAUGAGGGAGAUCGAGCAGGAACAUGGUCUUGGUGGAGACAUUGGCUUUUCCACCAACAGGGAGCGCUACAUCAAACUCCGUGAGCAGGAUCCAAAAUACAAGACCCACAAGAACAGCUUUAGCCGCUACCACGGCCUGUCCACCCUGAGCAACCUCAUCAGCUUCGCCUGCACCAGCAUCAAUCUCAUCUACCUGGCACUUCAUCUGGCUUCGAUAUAAUAUUGUCUGCCUACAACAUACAACAGAUUUGACCUGUAAAAGUACUGCUACGCAUAUGUCCGGUUUUGAGGGCCAGAGCACAACAAAAUUAUGUCAUUUUAACACACCUAAUUCAGUUUUGAACAGGCUUGGGAAUUAGUUGGUAUGAAAAUACAAACACUGCAAAAAAAUUAUAUCUUAGCAAGUAAAAUAUGAAUAUUUCUCUUUUUUAGACUUUUUAAAUAAAUUGAAGAUUGUUGAGCCCAUUUCAAACAUAUUUCUGAAUUUCAUGCUUCAAAAUGUCUUAUUCCUAGAAAUAAGCAAAAUUAUCUGCCAAUUGUUUAAGACAGGUUUAAGCUUAUGUCUAGUAAAUAUGUUUAGAAAUAGGCAUAACUGUUUUAUAUUUGUCAUGUAAUAAUCUCAUAAUGUGAAAUAUUAGGUAACUUUUAUUUUUUUCAAAAUGUUGGUGUCAUUUUCGCGGUGAAACCGUGCAGCUGUGAUCCUGAUGUUUUUUUUCUGUUCGAGUUUCUUGCAUCGACUAUUAUAUCCUAUAUUAUAUAUUAUAUUAUCCUAUUAUAUACAUUCUAUAUCAUACUAUACAUUAACACUGCUCAGAUAAUUGUACAAUAAUAACAAGUGGCUAAAUCCUAAAAAUUAAGCAUAUUAAUGUUCAGAAUACACAAAUUUGGCUUUUACAAAGUUUUGUUUUACAUUUAUUACAUUUAUUGUGUUAUUUUAUGAUGAUUUUCAAUAUAGCAUAGCUAAGAGCUAUGGGUUUGCAUUAUACAGCUACAGUGUCUAAAACUUGUUAAUACUGACUCAAGUGCCUGCAAUAUUAAAGUUACCCUAAUUGAUAAUUGGUUAUCAUUAAUGUGAAAGCGUAUAGUUAAUGUGAAAACAGAACCUGAUUCUAUUCAUUUUGCAGUUUGAAGUCACUGUAUGUUGAGAAAUUAGCACAUUUUAUGAGAAAUUAGCACAUUUUAUUUUAUGAUUUUAUACAUUUAUAUAUUCAAAAUAAAAUUUAUAAAUACCUUUUAGUA